AUGAGAGGGGGAGAGUCUUUACCUGCUAGCCGGCCGCGGCGCAAAAGGCUAGCGGCGCCGGCCGCUUGGUUGAAGGGUAGUCCGCGCGUGCCGCAGAUCCCCACACACGCCUCGCGGCGCCCCUUCACGGCCAUGUUCCUCGCGAACUCGUACCACCGCAUUUCCAAGGUCAUUGCAGCCCGUCGCGAGGAAGCUGCUCGGCGCGAGGAGACAGUCCUCGUCCCGCCGCAGGCAGGAUCAUUGCCCGGCCGAUAUGUAAAGGACGCAGGCCGACCCCUGGACGCAGUUCGGCCCAUGGAUGCCGGGCGAGCUAUGGACGCAGGACGAUCUACGGAGGGAACCCGACUUGCCGACGUAGGUCGAUUUACGGGUCGCGUCGAGCUUGAUGGUCGCCGGACGCUGCAGCCGCGCGCGGGGCGUCCCCAGUUGAUCCGAACGGCGCCGGGCGCUGGUUUGUGUGGGGCCGAGGGGCUGGACCGUGCGGAGAGUCCGUCGGAAUAUUUUGUGGAAGGGCGCGCGCGCGUGUGCACACGCGUGUGUGCGCGCGCGGGCGGCUUCGAAAGUCAGCCGGGGUACGGCAGUAGUGGGGCGGGGUACGGAAGCAGCGCCUACGGAGGCGAUAGCAGUGCCUACGACAGUGAUACGAACGGCAGUCGGCAGUCGGCGCGGCCGCCUGAGGCGCUGCUGCGCGAAGCAGAAGGCGCGCUGCCGCGGAUCUGCCUCGCGUCCUACGGCAGUUCCUUCGACAGCGCCGGCUUCGGCGGCCGUCGGGUGCGCGAGGAAGAACCGGCGCGGAGCAGCCUGCCGCAGAACGGGCGAGGCGCCGUCACCUUCGACGAUAAGCCCACCUACUACGCCCAACAACUCGCCUCCUACGAAGAAGAACCGCCCGCCGUAGGCGCCUUGUCCCCCGCUGUUCAUCGCCGCGCUUACUCCAGCCUUGCCACCGCUAUGCUCUGCAGCAGCAGCUCCUCCGCGGGCGCGUCCGUCCUGCCUGGCCACGCCCGCUUGCACUCGCGUGACCAAUACCAAAACCCGACACCCGUCUACCCAACCAGCCACCGCCACCAAUCCAGCCAAGCCUCCAAGACCACAUCUCGCGACUACCACAACCAGCCCUACAACAACAACCAGACCUACAACAACAACCAGGCAUACAAUAACAGUCCCGCUUUCAGCAACGGCCAAUCGAACGCGUGCAGCUCUACACUUACUCGCCAGUCGUUCGGCCCGCUUUACCACUCGCGCGACCAGGCAUUCUGCCCACGAGGUGUUCGGCUGCACGACCCGCGUCCACCUACUCUUGACCCGUGUCCGCCUACCCUCGACCCUCGGGCGUUGCGGAGCACUGAACUGCGGAGAACUCAACUGCGGAGUACGGAGCUGCAGAGUACGGAAAUGCGGAGCACUGAUUACGGUCGCGAGAGCCUUCGGCAUGAGCAGCUGGCGAGUGACCAGUGUUCGUCGCGUGAUCAAUCUUUGUGCCAGCCGCUGGUUGGGCGCCAAACGGUGGGAAGUCAGUUCAGUAGCGGCGUGAGUGCUUCCGGAAGCGGUCGGCGGUCGUUCGGCGCUGCCAGUGGUUUGGUCUCAUUCGAGGAGGCGAGUCGCGACAGCCGGGAAGAAGAUGAGCGCCACUGCUUCCGUUGCGGCUCGGAACUACAGGAUUCCAAUCUCUUGAGCGAGUCACUCCCUACGCUUCCCAUCCGCAGCCACUCCAGUUAUUUCGACUCCGAACGCGAACCCCCGAAUGCCGGCUGGAGUUUGAAACGCGGCUCCUCGUUACAGGUGAGGCAACGCGAAGAAAACGUCUCCCCCAAGUACCCCGCCGGCUACCCCUCCGGGUACCCGCAUUCUGGUUUUGCGGCUGCUGGCUACCCGCCCUCAGGGUAUCCGGCCGCUAACUUUUCUAGCACAGGCUUCCUGACUACGGGAUCGCCCGCCACCGGGGGAUCGCCCGCCACCGGAUCGCACCGUAACGGGCCUCAGAGGCUGGCGUCCCAGCGACCGAGCCCGCCGUUGCGACCUGGCCUGGCGGGGACGGUGCGAUCGGGACAGUUCUGUGAGGCGCCUGAGCGCAGCAGUUUCUCGCGCAGCAGUCUAUCGCGAAGCAGCCUGCCUGCAGCGAUGACUGAGGGCGAGUACGCGUUCCCAACGGCGCUGGUGGGGUUGUUAUUGAUUACGUCGGAGCCCGUCUGGGACCUGCCGCCACAUUAUCUCGAGCACGCACUCGUGUGUGCGGACACAGGCAAUCUGGACAUUGAGAUCGCGACGGUCGCCGGGGGUUCGACGAUUGGCACGACCAUGACGCGGCAAGUUUGGCAAUACGGCAAGCGACUCUCUGGCGUCUUCAACCACUGCGCCAAGGCACCGCUGGUCCACGAGAAAAUCCUGCUACACGAUCCCUACAACGCCUUCGCAUGUGGCGUCUAUCUGGGCACCAACACUCUUCUGGGCACCAACACUCUUUUGGGCACCAGCACUCUGCUCGGCGCGGGGCCCACGAGUCUGAGUCUGUUCGGCGGGAACCACCCGAGUUUGCUGAGCGCGAACCAGCCUAGUCUGCUGGGCGGGAACCCGAGUCUGAGUCUGAGUCUGAGUUUGGGACUGGGGCUGGGCGGUUCUUCGUCGCCGUUGUUAUCACCAGAGCGCGCAAGCUGGGGUCGCCGGAGUCGAGAUGAGAGCUAUCGACGGUCUUCGCGGCAGUCGGUAGGUCCGAGCGAAAGCGCGUUGCCUCCGAAGGAGUUCUACUACGUCGGCGCGACCAAGAGGCGCACAAGGCACGGCUGGGGGCGCGUCAUGGACGACCGUCGGCUGCUUUACGAAGGGCAACACGACUGCGGUCUCGUCCGCGGCUUCUACGUCGCAUACCACGAAUACUUCGUUGAACUCGGUGCACUCCUACCUUGGGGCAAAGUCGGCGUCUACGUACUGGCAGACCGGGAAAGCAGCAUCGCCCCCUUUGCCUACGACCUCGACCUCUUCUCUGGCGCCGCCCUCCCGCACUUUGACCAACGCCCGACCGCGACUGCGACCGCGACUUCCGCCUCCCUUCCGCCUGGACCCUGGCUCGCCGCCGGGACGCCGCCGAACCCGCGCUCCCCCGCUGGGACAUCCGGAGGCCCCUUCGGGCCCCCCGGCGGGCCGGGGGGUGCGCACACACGUGUGCUCUCGGCGAGUCUGAACCCGAACGCUCUUUCUACGAGUCUGGGUCUCGCAGGAGAGGAGACAGAGCCGUCGUGUUAUUGCCGGAGCGAGUGCGACGCGUAUGUGGGUUUCGGCGUACUGGCCAACGGCGAGCCGGUGCAGCUUUUCGGCGAGAGCCUGGUUGCGUUGCGGAAGCCGGUUGGUGCGCGUGCGCGUGCGAAGAAGACCGUGCGGGUGCAGUCGAAUGAGAGCGCGUCGGCUUGGAGCUAUCGGUACCGCCUUGGCAGUCGUUCGCGCCGCGGGACGAAGUCUGGGCUGGAGGGUUGGUCCGGGAAGGCCGAGUACUCCGUCGGUUCCUCCGCCUGCUCCACACUCGACCCCUCGGCCGGCGCCGCCACGCGCAGACCGAGUACCGACACCGCGACGGACCAAGACGUCAUCGUGCUGACCUCCGUCCUCGAUCCCACAGCGUCCCAUCGCGACUCCAGCCGAGAUCGUCAAUACCCGGAGAAGACGCAGUACUCCAGCGAUCAACCGCAGCCUGCGACGCACGAAAACUGUGCGACGAACGAGAGUUGUGCGGCGCACGAAACGUCUGUGGGCCAAGAGACGACCGGCGGCGGCGACGCGGAGUCGUGCUUGCCGGGAGAAGAACGCGCCAACGAAGCAAGGAGCGCCGGCUGUCGCUGCCCGCGACGUCUUCGCCGCAGCAGCUCGUGGCCGCGCUACGGACAACACGGCGACAUGCAUUGGACGCGGCGCGCCUACCUAGCGGGUCCACUUGCACCACUCACACGGGCGGUGUGGGAGUGUCCCGAACUCACCAC